AUGUCGGCUAUCACUGCCUCUGGCCUCCUGGGCCCCGUCGCCGCCCUUAGUGGUUGGACCUUGGUGAUGGAAGUCUGGAUGUAUGCGACCUGCAUUCCGGUAUACAGAAAGCUCCAGCUUAGCAGUGGGACCACCAAGAGCCAGCUCGAUGCACAGAUGCCCACCUAUGCUCGCUGGAAGAGGGACAAUUACAACCACCUCUUCGAGCAGCCAACCCAGUUUUAUGCGAUUGUCCUGGCGCUGGCCAUUGCCGGUGCCGGCAAGGAGGAGAAAUUCAAUGUCGUUCUUGCGUGGACGUAUGUUGGCGCCCGCAUUUUGCACAGCUUGGUACAAUCCACGACAAAUCAUCUUCCGACGCGGUUUGCCGUUUUCGGGCUUUCGUCAAGUGUUUUGGCCGUUAUGACUGGAAAGCUUGCCAUGCUUGUGCUCUAA